GACAACAGAACGGUAACCGUGUUUUUGUGUUCACAAAAUCCAGGGAGCCAGCUUCUGUCUGUGAAUAUGGUGACCAACAGCAUGUUACUGAGCGUCCUGUUUGUUUCAGGUGCUUGGGCUUCCUGUUCAAAGAACCUAUACAUUACUGCACCAAAGAACAUGGAAGCACUGAGUGGAUCUUGUUUGCAAAUCCCUUGUAACUUUAGAUCUGAACCAGAAGAGGACUUCAGCAGCACAAGCCCUUCCUUUGGAGUGUGGAUUAAAAAUGACUCCAGAUUUGGCAUCUAUCCAAACAAUGUGAUUUUCAACAGUAGUAAGACAGUUAACACCUACCCAAUGAGUAUUACUGGAGACCCGAGUCAGAAAAACUGCACCACUUUAUUUUCCAGUUUAAUCACAAGUUACACAGACACAUACUACUUCAGAAUUGCGAACUGGCCAUUCAUUGCAACAGCUGCUUGUGAUCCUCUUCAAAUAACAGUUAAGGAUUCUCCUCCGAGGCCCAGAAUUGAGAUCUCAGGUGAUCUGAAGGAGAAGGAGUCUGUCACUAUAACCUGCUCAGCUUCCACUCCCUGUCCACACUCCCCUCCUAAACUCACCUGGAAUCUCUUACAAUACCCUCACAACACAAUAGAGGAUAACAUAGAUCUUACCUUCACUUCUAAAAUCCAGGAGACCAUCACUCUGUCAGACAAACAUGAUGGAGUCACCAUCACCUGUUCUGCCACAUAUCCUGUGGAUGGAGGAAACUAUAAGACAGCAGAGGAGAGAAAUACUCUCUUUGUUUCAUGUAAGACAACCAGUGUUUGUUAUUGGAUCCUGUCAGCACAAGAUGAUUCAUGUGAUGUCAGCUGA